UUUUUCCUUCUUCACUUCCUUUAACCUUAUUCUUCUUUUAUUCAUCUAUGAAAAUAACCCAAAAAAAGCAAAAAUAAAUAAAUAAAUAAAAAGAAAAAGGAAAAAUGAUAAUGAAAACGAAAGCCCCGGUUAAACUGGUAUAUAUAUAUAUCUCCCAACUCAUGCAACAUCUCCCUUGAAGCUCCUCCAAAAAUAAAACACAUUUCCCAUAUUUCUUUCCUCGUAUUUUCUCUCUUCUCUUUAUUAAUUGCACUCUUCACCUUCAAACUCGAUCUGACCCUGUGUUUUUUUGUCUCUUCAAAUAUAACAACAACAACAAUAUAUCCCAAAACCAAAGUGUUAGAUUUUUUUUCUUAGCCAUAUAUGGCGGAGCUAGAUUACAAUCAAAGUAAAGCUUCAACCAACAACAAUGGACGUUUAAAACUCUUUGGUUUCAACGUGACGGAUGAAGAGGAAGUGGAGUCAACUAAAUCACCAUCCGGGUCACCGGAAUCCGGCAGCGGUUUUCCGACCUCCGACGGCCGGAAAUACGAGUGCCAGUAUUGUUGCCGGGAGUUUGCGAACUCGCAGGCCUUGGGCGGCCACCAGAACGCUCACAAGAAGGAGAGGCAGCAGCUGAAGCGCGCUCAGCUUCAAGCCAGCCGGAACGCCGCCGUGUCCUACAUGCGGAACCCGAUCGUCUCCGCCUUCGCUCCGCCCCCGCACCUUCUCGCCCCGGCGGGUUCGGUGGUGCUGCCCGCGGCUGGGCCGACAUCGCCCUCGUGGGUUUACGUCCCACGCGCCCCGCCGCCUUUCCACGUGUCGCAUGGGUGCGUGUUCCCCACGUCCGCCGCGAGUGGGAGGAGCCUGACGUAUUCCGGCAGCGUAGCGGAUUCGAACAGCUUGACGAGUGUUGGGCCGCAACAAGUCAAAGCCCACAGUGGGAGGCUUGAUGGGCCUUCCUUGAGCAGGUUCUCUAGAACGGAUGACGGGCCGGGUUUUGACGAUACAUUUGGGUUGGAUUUACAUCUGAGCCUCGCCCCAGCCGCGCCGUGAAUUCAAAUGGCUUGGACUUUUGGCUUGACCAAUCGGCUUGGAAGAAGCUGCCAGGAGGUGGGCUGAGGAUGGCAUUGAGUUUUGAACUUGUUCACAAAAAUUCACCUUCGGCCAGAAACGGACCCACACAGGUCGUUGAGUAGGAAUUAAUUUGAGUGUGGUAUGUAUCCGUUGAAAUUACUUCAUGCUUCUUUGUAAAAAGAGAAAAAACGAAACACAAAAAAAAAAAAAAAAUUAGACGAUCAUGACUCGGCUUGGCUAGGCUUUGUUUAUUUGGAAGAAAAGCUGCUGAUCUUUAAUUUAUUCCAAGUCUCCUAGUCUUCUUGUAAAUUUUUCAGAUUUAUUUCAUUUUUUUCCCCCAUCAGAGAGAAGAAAUAUUUUACUAUUGUGAAAUCACCAUUUUCUCCUUCAUUUUCUGCUUGAGUUUGAGUCCAAAGGUGUACGUGCAUGUAAAAUAGGUAUGCCCAAUGAAGAAGAGAGAAGUAGGGUACAAAUGUAUGGUGAAAUGAUUUAAACAACUCUAAGUAGGACUACCCGUUGUCUGAUAACGACUUUUUCUUUAGUUUGAGGAGUUUAACAUUAAUUAUAUGUACGUUGCAUAGCAAAUUACUA